CGUAACCACAGAAUCGAACCAUUGAUCUAUUGUUGAGCCAGAGUCAUCUCAGUGAUUCUAAUCGCUACCCCUGUUCAGUUGAUUGUCCAGCUUUCUGGUUCUAGUCUGAUCCCAUGGCUCAGUCGUCUUUCAUCCCCUCCGGCGUUCCAGUGUCUUUCUCUUCUAUGCAAAAUGACACCGUUUGAACAUCUCUACGGAGGCUAUUUCACCGGAGUAAUACUGAACUCGAUACUCUUUGGCAUCAUAACGAUUCAGACGCACCUAUACUUCAAGCGGUAUAAAUCAGAUCCCUUACUGGUCAAGGGAAUAGUCAUCUUCCUCAUUUUGCUGCAAGGAUUUCAGACAGGCACUUCUUCAUAUGUAGUUUACACCAACACAAUCCGGAGCUUUGGGGUCCCAAUUACUCGGACUGACUGGGAGUCGACCAUUUAUCAAAUGGCCACGGUUACUUGUGCAGUGGUGGUUCAAAUGUAUUAUGCAUACCGCCUCUACCGACUGAGCAAUUCAUCCUGGCUCUCGAUCUUGGUGGUAAUGCUCACUCUCGCGCAAUUUGGACUUGCAUUGGCCGUUUGCCUUAAAUCAAAUCUCACACAUCAAAUCGAACAGACAGUCACCCCGCUUCGACCGCUAAUUCUCAGCUGGUUGCUCAUCGAAGCAGUCGUCGACACUCUGAUCGCUGCGUCCAUGUGGUACUUCUUGUCACGACAAAGGACCGGAUUCCGGGAAACCGAUUCUGCCAUUACCAUAUUAACUGUGUACGCGAUUAACACGGGUGUCGUCACAACUAUCUUGGCAAUGACCGUUAUGUUUGCGUUCGCAUUUUACGGUUACCACUUCAUUCAUAUGGCCUUUGUUUUGUCACUCGGGGCCGUUUACGCUGUCAGCUUACUUGCAAACCUCCACUCGCGGUCUAUCGUUCGAGAACGACUGAAACCGAACAAUCGAACAAGGGCUCGUUCUAUUCAUUUCUCUCGGCUCCCAGAGAGGAUAAGGGAUCGGAUAUCACAAGCGGUGAAAGGGAAAAGUCCUGCGACUGCCUCUGGUGUCAACGACGCCAUGACAGCGGUCCCCCCAGUCAUCGAGGUGCAAAACACUGCAACACACGAGAUUGAAAUUGUUGGAUAAUCCGCCGGAAAUGAAAUCCUUUGUCUAGUGUCGUGACUCUGACAUUCUUGGUUUUACUUGCGUGUUUGUGGCUUUAUUUGGAUGGUGACUCAGUUCCCGAUAUGCAUCAUCCGAUCAAAAUAAAAUGAUGGCCAGCAUUUUACCAGCGCUCAGCUUAAACUUUGUAUCAUUGAUAGUUACAUUAUGCCAGCAUUAUGCCAGCACUAGAUAUGUAUAUUUUUACAAGAUUUUAGGGAGUUCUGGAAACAUUAGCAAAAUCUCUC